AUGAAGAUUCUUAACAUUGGUAAUGUGAUGAAUAAAUUUGAGAUCCUUGGGGUUGUAGGUGAAGGAGCCUAUGGGGUUGUACUUAAAUGCAGACACAAGGAAACACAUGAAAUUGUGGCCAUCAAGAAAUUCAAAGACAGUGAAGAAAAUGAAGAAGUCAAAGAAACCACUUUACGAGAGCUUAAAAUGCUUCGCACUUUGAAACAGGAAAACAUAGUGGAGCUGAAGGAAGCUUUCAGAAGAAGAGGAAAAUUAUAUUUAGUGUUUGAAUAUGUGGAAAAAAAUAUGCUUGAAUUGCUAGAAGAAAUGCCGAAUGGAGUUCCACCUGAAAAAGUAAAAAGCUAUAUCUACCAAUUAAUCAAAGCGAUUCACUGGUGUCAUAAGAAUGACAUUGUUCAUAGAGAUAUCAAACCAGAAAAUCUCUUAAUAAGCCACUGUGAUGUUCUGAAGCUGUGUGACUUUGGCUUUGCUCGGAAUCUAUCAGAAGGAAGCAAUGCAAACUAUACAGAAUAUGUGGCCACCAGGUGGUACCGUUCACCUGAACUCUUGCUUGGAGCCCCCUAUGGGAAGUCUGUGGAUAUGUGGUCUGUAGGCUGCAUUCUUGGGGAACUUAGUGAUGGGCAGCCACUAUUUCCUGGAGAAAGUGAAAUUGACCAGCUUUUUACAAUUCAGAAGGUGCUAGGACCACUUCCAUCAGAGCAGAUGAAGCUUUUCUACAGCAAUCCUCGUUUCCAUGGGCUGCGGUUCCCAGCAGUCAACCAUCCUCAAUCUUUGGAGAGGAGAUAUUUAGGAAUUUUAAGUGGUGUUUUGCUUGACCUUAUGAAGAACUUGCUGAAGCUGGAUCCAGCAGAUAGAUACUUGACAGAGCAAUGUUUGAACCAUCCUUCAUUUCAAACUCAGAGACUCUUGGAUCGUUGUGGAAGUUCACCUUCACGGUCAGCUAAGAGAAAACCUUAUCAUGUAGACAGCAACACAUUGUCUAACAGAACUCAAGCCAGCAAAAGCUCUGCUGUGCAGUCACAUCACAGAUCGAAUAGCAAGGAUAUGCAGACUCUAGGGGCUGGACUGCAAAGAGGAGAAGAGGUUCUUCCAGCAAAUGAAAGCUUUCUAAAUGGAAAUCUUCCUGCAGCUGCACACAGUCCAAUGCAUACAAAAAAACCAAGCAACCCACCUGGAUCUGGCAACAAGGAUCUAGCCAAUAACAACAUACCACAUCUUCUCAGUCCAAAGGAAUCAAAGACAAAAACAGAAUUUGAUUUUAAUUUGGACCCAAAAGCUUCUGAUGGUCCAGGUACAAAAUAUCUGAAGUCAAACACCAGAUCUCAGCAGAACCGGCACUCAUUUAUGGAAACUUCUCAAAGCAAAACUGGCACUCUGCAGCCAAGUGAGAAACAUAGUCGCCACAGCUAUAUUGAUACUAUACCCCAGUCUUCAAAGAGUCCCUCCUAUCGGACAAAGGCAAAGACUCAUGGGGUUCUAACAGAUUCGAAAUCUGUGGGUAAUCUUUCUGAGGCCAGGGCUCAAAUUGCAGAACCAAAUAGCAGUAGGUAUUUUCCAUCAAGCUGCUUGGACUUGAACUCUCCUACCAGUCCUACUCCUCCCCGGCACAGUGACAAUAGAACUUUACUCAGUCCUUCGGGCAGGAAUAACCGAAGUGAUGGUACCCUGGAUUCCCGAAGACCGCCAACAAGACAUUCCAAAACCAUGGAAGAGUUGAAAUUGCCAGAUCACAUGGAUGGAAGCCAUUCACAUUCAUUAUCUGCCCCACAUGAAUCGUUUUCAUAUGGUCUAGGUUACACAAGUCCCUUUUCCUCACAGCAGCGCCCUCAUAGACAUUCCAUGUAUGUGAGCCGAGACAGAGUGAGGUCCAAGGGCUCAGAGGGUGGCUUAAGCGUAGGGCAGGGGAUGGCAGCCAGAGCAAACAGCCUGCAACUGUUAUCUCCACAGCCGGGUGACCAGAUCCCACCAGAGAUGAAUCUAACAAGACCUGCAGUUAAAGAUUCUUCCAGAGAUGUUACUACUUCAUUUCAUUCACGGCAAAAGUCUGAGGGUGGAACGUAUCAUGAUCCGCACCCAGAGGAUGGAGCCUCUAGUAAAGAAAAUAGACUUCUGUAUAAUGACCCUAUUCCCAGAAGAGUUGGCAGCUUUUACAGAGUGCCAUCUCCACGUCCAGAGGGUACAUUCCUUGAAACCAAUGUGUCAAACAGAGUCAGUGCACUACCAGCAGACAGCAGCACUGUGACAAACCACUCAAAAAGACAAACUACCUUUGAUCCAUGGAAAAGUCCUGAAAAUGUUAACAGUCAGUCAGAGCAACUCAAGGAGAAAGAAAAACAAGGUUUUUUCCGGGCAAUAAAAAAGAAAAAGAAGAAAUCUCAAACUAUGCCCGGCAGUGAUGGUCAGGAUCUUUUGGCAUUACAGAAAGCCAUUCACUCUUCCAAUCUCCAGAGCAGCAGGCAGAAGGAUUGGCAUCCUGAGAAGAUGACAGAAAUCCAGACGCAUAGCCAACCUUUAAAAUCCCUUCGGAAGCUGUUACAUCUCUCCUCCUCCUCAAAUCAUUCUAUCCCCUCUGAAUCCCGCUUCCAGCCAUUACCGAGUCAGCCAGCCAAAGCUUCUUUUUCUGAAGUGCGAAUUCACCCCAUAAGUCAAACUUCCAGUAGCAGCAGCAGCAGCAAUGUGCGGCAGGAGCCCCAAUCAAAAGGCAGGCCGACACUUCAGAUACCAAGCCAGAUAGAACCAAGUUGGCAUGUGUCUCCAGUAAACAGGAGUGCUAGUGACGGGACUUCCUACUCUGAUCAACUGCCUUCCAAGAGUGGACAGAAUGGGCCCACGUAUAACCGAACAAACCGAUCCCGAAUGCCAAAUCUGAAUGAUUUAAAGGAGACGGCCUUGUAA